AUGGCAUCAUCAGGCGUGGCCAGCGUGGGCGUUAUCGCUGCCCUCCUCUUUCUCGUCGUCAAAUUACUCCAAACAGGAAAGAGAGCGGCAGGAUUGCCUCCAGGGCCACCAACAGUCCCAGUCCUGGGCAAUCUUCACCUGAUGACGGCUCGAGAUGGGCACCUUCAAUUCCAGAAAUGGGCCAAGGAGUAUGGACCGAUUUACUCCCUCAAGCUGGGCACCAAGACCUUUGUCGUCCUUUCUUCCGACACGGCAGUGAAGGAUCUUCUUGACAAACGAAGCAACAUAUAUUCCUCGAGGCCCGACAUGUUCAUCGGCUCGACAUUGGCGAGUGGAGGCUUGCGGGUUCUUCUCAUGCAAUAUGGCCCGACCUGGAGGAUGAUCCACAGGAUGAUCCACAACAUUCUCAAUAUCAAGGCUGCAGUCACUUAUGUACCUUACCAAGAUCUGGAGAACAAGUUCAUGCUGCUUGGAAUGCUCAACCAACCCGAGGAAUUUGCAAAUCACAUGCGGCGAUAUACGAACUCACUCACAACCCAAAUGAUCUUUGGCUUUCGCACACUCAACAUUAAUGAUCCCAAGCUGCAGCAACUGUUCCAUGGUUUUGAGAAAUGGGCAGAAGUCACAGGAAGUUCCAGUGCACAGAUCCUUGACCUGUUUCCCAUUCUUCAACGGCUUCCCAAGUUUCUAUUGCCCAAUUAUCGCUAUGCAGAAAAGCUUCACCAGGAGGAGAAGGCCCUGUACGUCGGCCACUGGCUGAAUGCGAAGAAGGCGAUUAAGGAUGGUACUGGCAAGCCAUGCUUCUGUGUCGACCUGGUCAAAUCACAGGAGGUCGAAGGGUUUUCCGAUGACUUGGCGGGUUACAUCAGCGGGUCGUUGCUUGAGGCAGGUUCGGACACUACCGCAGCGACCCUGAUUGGCUUCAUUCAAGCCAUGGUCGUUUUUCCCGAGGUGCAGAAGAAAGCACAGGAGGAGAUUGACCGGGUGGUGGGAACGGAGCGAUUGCCGACCAUGGAAGACGCACCGCAAAUGCAGUACAUUCGCGGCUGCGUGAAGGAAAGCAUGAGGUGGAUGCCCACAAACAUCUUGGGAGUGCCGCAUUCGGUCAUCAAGGAUGAUGAGUACAUGGGAUACAGAAUCCCCGCCGGCGCAAGCAUCAUCGCCAAUGUCUGGGCUAUCCAUAUGGACCCGAAUCGGCACACCAACCCACGAGCCUUUGACCCGGAUCGGUACGCGAAUGACUUCCUCAGCGAGUUUGAAUGUGCCACGAAUCCCGACGUCAGCAAACGAGACCAUUUCAUCUUUGGUGCCGGCCGCCGGGUAUGUCAGGGCAUGCAUAUCGCAGAACGGUCACUUUUCCUGGCCAUUGUGCGAAUGCUGUGGGCUUUUGACUUCGAGAAAGCUCGCGAUGCUCGGGGCAGUCCAAUCACCCCAGACAUCGAUAAGUUGACACAAGGACUCUUCGUCUUGCCGGAACCAUUUCCAGCUGUUAUCAAACCAAGGAGUGAAGGUCAUGCGCGGCUGAUCAGAACCACGUGGCAGACAUGUGAGGAGACUUUGUUGGACCCAGAGACGAAACAGUGGAAGAACGUGCCGGAGGGCAUGGUGUUUGGUACCUACACUCCGAGUAAAGAGGAGGGAUAG